UCGCCAGUGUCCUGAAAAAGUUCCUGCGUGAAUUACCUGACCCAGUAAUUCCGGUGCAGUGGUACGACAGGUUUCUGGAAGCGUCGAGUAUGAGAAGCGACGAGCAGUGUGCAACGCGCCUCAAUCAAUUAGUAGCGGAGCUGCCGGAGCAUCAUCGUAGCACAUUGUGCCAUUUGAUGGCGCACUUCUGUCGCAUCUGCCAGUUGCAGCACGGAAGGGGCUAUACGGAACCGCCGACCAUCCUCGUGCAAGUGCUCUGCCAUAUAUUUCUCAGGCCGCCCUGGGAGCGAAUCAUCCAAGUUGUUCACAACACGGAGGCACACAUACGUAUAAUGGAAUUGCUGUUAUUGCACGGCGUUUGGAACGAGAAGCUACCAGAGUUUGCCAGUCCUCCGCAAUUGCCGCCGCGUAAAGUUUCGAGACCACAGUUUCCAGUUUUGGACUCAUUCCCGAUUCUCGAAGACGAAGCUGUAGACAGAACGGCACCUGGUGCAGAUACUGGCAAGGACCAACAGAUGCACAGGCCGCGCACGCUACAGGAAGCCGAAUGGUAUUGGGGUGACAUUACGAGGGACGAGGUGAACGAGAUGAUGAUCGACUCGCCGGACGGCACCUUCCUGGUCCGCAAUGCGUCUUCCAAGGGCGGCGAGUUUACUCUGACGCUGCGUAAAGGAGGGACCAACAAACUCAUCAAGAUCAGCCACCGAAACGGGAAAUUCGGAUUCUCGGAUCCUUAUAACUUCCACUCGGUUAUCGAGCUCGUCGACUACUACAGGAACUGUUCGCUCGCGCAAUAUAAUUCGGUGUUGGAUAUUAAGCUGCUCUACCCGGUGUCGCGUUUACAACAGGAUGAGGAGAUCGCAAAUACGACCGAUAUGGCAAAGGUCGUGCAGAAGUUUGUUGAGUUGGAGAGGGAAAUAAGCGAUACAAUCCGGCAAUAUCAACACUAUUCGGAUUUGUACACUAAAACGGCCUAUGAAGUACAGUUGAAGCGUCAGGCAUUAGAAGCCUUCACGGAGGCCAUUAAGAUGUUCGAGGAACAGAUGAAGCUGCAAGAAAGAUUCCAGAAGGAAGCCCAGCCCCAUGAGAUUUCUACUUUGACUGACAACUCAGAACUGCUAAAGCGAAGACUGAAGGCCUUAGAAGAUAGCAAAGAACAGCUGGAUGAGAGUUUGAAGCAACAGAUUGCCUACUACAGAACCCUCGAGAGAGAAAUGUACAGAUUGAAGUCGGAGAUCGGAAUGCUCGCGCGACAAAAGGAGCGCCAUUCUCAAUGGUUAAAGAAGAAUGGGAUGAAGCAGAACAAGGAGGAGGUGGACUUUGCAGUCCAUUCCGACGAGAAAACGUGGCUCUACUUGCAGGGUUCUCGCCCCGAUGCCGAUCAUGUUCUAAAGGGCCGGCCUGACGGUACUUUCCUCGUCCGCCGAUCGAGAACGGGCCAGUACGCACUUUCCAUAGUGUGCAACGGCACGGUACAGCAUUGCAUAAUAUACGCCACCGAGCGCGGCUUUGGUUUCGCCGAGCCGUACAACAUUCACGAGAGCCUGAAACACCUAGUGCUGCACUAUGCCCAGAACUCCCUGGAGGAGCAUAACGAGUGCCUGACCACCACUCUGGCCUAUCCCGCGUUCGCGCCGCCCGCGGCGCUCGCGCAACUACAAGCCCAGCAGAAGCAGCUGCAGAUUCACAUUCAGAAUCAAUUGCCAUUCGCGCGGCCGCCCCACGAGAAUCAGCUCGUCAUGCCGCACACAUAAUAUUGGCCUGUCGAGCGUCGCGAUCAGGAUCCGCUCGAGUCCGAGUACGUUCACGCACGCGCGCACACCCACACGUGAGUUCUGCUGCUGCAAGCAUCAUUCGCCGACACGAUCGGCAGAUCGACUGCGUCACGCGAGCCUUCCUUGACGAGUUCGAACACGUUCCGCCGCGAGACAGAACGCUUCUUCGUUUGGAACAUUUCCUAAAAUCGCGUACAAUAAUUAUGCGUAUGUUCACAGGGAGAGGAAACAACUUGACGCGAAUUAAUAUUGUAAUAUUGUAAAGCGCGUAAUCUAGUGUCGAUGGCUUAAUCAUCAUCAAACGAUAGGUAGGUCGCAAGAUCUCCGAAAACACGGGGCACUUCGACGAAGCGUAUAAUAGCAGUAACGAUAGUAAUCGUAAGAGAUACUAGCGAUAGAAUUAGAUAUACACGCGUUAUCGUGAUACGAUAAUGAUCGCUUCGACUAACGUAGAGGUUCCCAAACGGCGUGUCGUGACAUCCUGGAAAGACGCGAUUCAUGUCCGGAAGAAUGCCGAAGUAAGGAGCAGAUGAAUUAAAAUUUUAAAAGCUAAUUCUAGAAAAAUUGAAUCACUUUUUUAUAUUAUCGGAUGUUAAAUAAGUAUUAAAAUAUUUUUUAAUCGGCAUGUAAAGAUAAUUCGAAAGCGUAAAGCUCUUGAAUUUUUUUAAUCUUCUGAAUUAUUUGAGUCUUUUUGUUCAAAAUGUGACAAGGAUGAGUAAACGUGGGAGAAGACUUAAGACUUGACUUAUAUUUUCUACAUGCAUGACUAAUAAUGAUUGGAUCCACGUUUCGUAUCCACGUGUUCGUCAAUAUUAUUGUAUAAGAAUGAGAUGCAAGGAAAAUAUCAGAUUCAAAGGAUUGCUUGAUUAAGAGUGUUUGGGAACCUCUCGACUAACAGGACCAACAGUACCAAUGACGGAUGCCACCGGCUCUCCCUCAGAGUUUACACGACGCGGAGGGUCGAAGGUCUGCGUCGAAACUACGGCAGGAUGGCAGUACGUCUCCGUCGCCACCGAGAUUUUGUUCUUCGGAACAGAAAGCGUUUUUGAUCUUAACGCUUAAUUGUAAUUGUGCAGAAUUGAUCCGCUCGGAAACGUCGGCAUUACAAAGACACGCCGUCGGAUCAGCGACCGGGAUAGCGAGGUCCGUUUCGUUCGUGUAGAUUUCAUUGUUCAGGUAAUCAGGGUAGUCGUGUGAGUCGUGUCUCUUAAUCGUCUAACCCUUAACAGCCUGAAUCUUCCUCAGACGCUGAUUAGCUCGUAUCGGGCGGUCAUUUAGUUUGAAACUAACUUUGAGUUAGUAAGUUGUUAUUAUUUAGCUACAUUGGAUAGCUAUCCGUGUAGUUUAAAUCGUGUUAUUUUUAGAAAAUACAGUUGAAAUGCUAUAAAAAUUAUUUAUAAAAGCACAGUAUCUUUUUGAUUGCUACGAUUAUAGCUCAAUAAGUCAUAGUUACGGAUCAAAUGUUUAUGCUAGUGCAAGCUUGCCACUACUAGAGCUUGCCACGUUAACAUUUCUCGUGAAAUAGCCAUAAAUGACACUCAUGAUUUUUCAUGCAAUAAGUUAAUCUGAAUCGCGUGCUAUUACUCAUCACUCUCUAAUAUUUUUUGUAAUGUAACGCAUUUCGUCUCUUCUUAUAAAACUUGCAUUUGAUACAUAUUAAUAUCAAUUCGCGUUGUAUGAAUCAAGAAGAUGCGCAUAAUUUACACGACCACGUACCUAAUACGAUCAUUUUAGGCUUUUAAGGGUUAAACGUGGUCAUUCAGAAGUCGAAAGAUGAUCGCUUCCUCGUUGCUCGAAAUUCCGAUUGCAUCUCAUGCGAACACCGUUCGCGACUCUAACGAAGGGCGCGUGCUGCGAUUCGCAUAAACCGUGCCGGCGUCUUCUUUUUUUUUACGCUGAAUUACGAUAGUGAUAUUAGAAUGUAGUCGAGCGAAAUUCACGUAAAAUCACGAUGCAUCUUUAUACCAUUUUAUAGUAACCGAAAACCUGGCCGUGAGAAUCCUGCAGGUCCACUUUUCCCGAUGAGAAAUUUAAAGGACCGGUUUCUUUAAACAUUAUUAAAAAUCGUACAUAUUAAUUUGUAACAUGUCUGAUUAUAUGUCAAAUUUUCUCAAAUCAAGAGUGGAUCUAUUCGAUACUCGUGGCUAAACCUUCGGGUUUAAUCGCAAAGAUGGACCGGAUAUCUCCGUCGUCCUUCCUCGAUCGCCUUCCGCAGCGGAUCGCGACGAAGUUUCCUCGAUGAGAAAGAGAGAGAGAGAGAGAGAGAGAGAGAGAGAGAGAGAGAGAG